AAGAAGAAUCAGGCAUCACAAGCAAACAAACUUAAGCGAGAGGAAAGACUGGGUGAGAUUGAUGACCUUUUACAAAACAACAAGAUAUUGCAGGAGCAGAUAAUGCAAAAGCUAGAAGAAGCACGGGCACUAAAUGCCACAAAUGAGGUAAGGCAAAUGUUACCAACCCAAUCUUUUUAUAUGUAAUGUUACAUGUACGUCUUUUAAUAAAAAUGUGAAUUAUCUAAGCGGACCAAAAUAUUUUGUAUGUAACACAUUGCAAAGUACAACUGGAACAGUUCUCUGAAAUUUUCUUCCAAAAUAAACUUAAAUACCUGAUGCACAUGCAUUGUGAUUAAACUGGAGACAAGGUCCAAAUGGAAAAGCUGACAACCUGUACUUCUAUCUUGCAUUUGCCAAGUGUCUAAGACCUCUUUCUGCAUGCUUAUGGCUGGAAGAUGUAUGCAGAGUUGAGAACCUGCAGAUUUGUAGUUUUUUGUUAAUUAAAUAGUAGUUAUUUAGAGCUGUGUCAAGAAAGUGAACAUUAUUUACAAUGCAUGAUCAUUCCUCAUCCUUAAGGUAAAUGCACUGCAAGCUGAUCUGAACAAACUUCAGGGUCAGCAAGUCUCUCUGCAGUUAGAGCACAAGGAACUCAAGAAGAAGCAGCGUCGCUCAGAAAGAUAUUACACUAACAAACAAACAAAGGAUGGUGGCUCACAGAAUGACAGUGUGCAAGGUGAUGAUGUAGAAAUGGUUGGAGAUGUGUCACUGCAAGAUGAUCUUACUCAAGAAGAUGAUCGAUCAGAGGAAGGUUGGUUUACAAAGAUCUCAGAAAUUGUUAAUUUUAAAGUUCCUUAUAUAAUUAUGCUUACAGGAUUUUAUGAAUGGCAUCUUUACAAGAUGUUGGUUACUGUAGAAAAAGUUUACUUCACAGGAUUUUGACUACAGUCUUCAGGCCAAACGUCAAACUUUUCAUGAGACGAACUAAACUCUAACAUGGGUCAACCUAAAUUAAGUUUAGAUUGUCUGUUGAGACAGACAUUGAGCUUAGGACGACACCGUCAAAGCGAUCAACUGAAUCAGGCCAAACAGCUAUUUUAGCCAGCUAGUUGUAAAUUUUCUCCUAAACGAGACUAAAUAUACGUUAUCACACGCAUUUUUAAUUUGUUAGUUUAGUUUGUCGCAUAUAAAGAUCGACAUAUGUCCCGGACACAGUCUCUAGACAUUCUCUCUGUGAAGAAGCAGACGGAUUGAACGUGUGGGACGAUCCAAACUCAUUCAGACGAACUUAACUGAGCCCGACGUCAAUAUUUUCAUGUACAUUACUCACUAAGUUUGGCUCGUCUGAUGAAAAGUUUGACAUUUGGCCUAGGCCUCAGUGAGUUUUUUAUGCAGUUUCAUUCAAGGUACAUGGAUCUGUUUUAGUGUUGCUUACGUCUGAGCCUUACUGUUAAUUCAAAAAUUUCUUAUGAAACAAAUAGGACUUGGUGAGGAUAAUGAUGAAGAUGUACAGGAGACCAAUGGAGAUCAAUCAAGGACAAUUUCAGUUCCAGAAGCUGUUGUUACACAGAUACUGCCCCCUGCUACAGGUAAAUACAGCACGUUGAACAACAGGAAUCUGAUGUGCAUCAAUGUUUUUUAAACUUUCUGUACAGUCUGUAGUACCACUGUAGAUGGCUCAGCUGUAGUGGCUCCCCUGCCCAGGGCUGUCAUAAGGGGCCAGGAAUUUCCUCUGGCUGCUAAAAGCAUGACAUGCCGCUAAUUUCAUUAAGCAAUAUACCACACUUUCUAUGGGUUUAAAAUAACUUUAAGUUUUCUAUGAGUUUACCGUCACAAUAAACCAUAGGUUUUUAACCAAUCAAAGGCACUUACUUUCUUAGUUAUUUUAUAAAAUGGAACAUUGCACAUACCAGACAAUUAACAUACAUGUACCAGAAAUCUUAGUGAUAGCUCUGCCAGCUUAUAUUCUUCUUAUGAGUUUAAAAACUAAAUUUUACUAAAUCACUGUUAAUGAUCCUUAUGACCUUGGAGUUAUAAAUAAUUAUAUUGUUUUCAUACAUGUAACUCCAGUCUUACAUAUGUAAGUAAUAUUAAAGUACUGAAUUUCUGGAGUGCAAUUCACAGUCUUCAUCAUUGUCACCACUGUGAGGACACUGCAUAGAAUUUAUUGCUCAAGACUCAUGUUUAACUUAAGCAGGCUAGUGGCCAGUGAAAGACAUUUUUCAAAUAAUUUUUUUUUGUCUUAAUGGUACAUUUCCUUCCUCUAUAAACUUUGAACUCCUAGAACACAUUGUGGUUAGUGUAUUUGUCACUUAAACUGUUAAAUUUGUGCAUGAAACCCAAUGGCAUUGCCAUUCAAAUAAACCCUCACUGGUAGAACUUUUGCAUUGUACAAUUGAACGUCUCCACAACAGCCACCUUGGGGACAGAAGAAAGUGGCCGUUGUAGAGAGGUUUAGAAUAAGGGUCAAUGUAUAGAUUCAAGAAAAGUGGCAAUUGUGGAGAGGUGGCUGUAAGUGGAGGCUCAACUGUACCUCACUGUAUUCUAUGGAAUUUACCUGAGUUUUUGAGUGAAUUUACUACUUUGGCCACUACAUUGUAAUACAUUGUAAUAGUGAAAGGGUUACAUCUAGGUUUUCUGAGCAUAGAAUGCAGCAGUAAAAUUAAAUUUUCUUCUACUGUACAUUGUAAGAUAUGUAUACCGGUAGAUACCCUUGAAUAAUCAAUGUUUGCUUUUUCAUUGUUACUCUGUAGGUAUUCCAACAACAUCAUCUAACACAGUCAACCUACCUCAGCGCCAGGAGCCUCUGAACUCAGAAGAGGACUCAUCAGUUAGAGCAUUAUACACUGCGUUUAUGCCUCAACACCUGCAGGUAAAAGUUAUGUAUGAUGAUAAUAGUAAAUAACGAGUUUGAUAACUACAUGUAUUUUAAUAAUGAUACUUAAUGCAUUAUGAUAUUGAAAGUGUAAAUUUUCAGAGCUAAAGGCUCAUGUUACUGUCAAACUCAGAAAACCGUGAAAAUUUCAGGAAUGUUGAUUGUGUACUGGCCAGUCCUAAUAAAGUUCAGGACACGCGAGGAAACCCCAAAACUACAAACUAAUCACUGUUGCUGUUUGCAGUUUUGUUAUCACAAGCCUUAUUGGCUUAUUUCUCACAACACAAUAACAUUCCAUAAAUAUCUCUGGUGUUGACGGCUUAGUGAGUUUCACAGUGAAAACCCCUCACAAUCAUACAUUUAUAUAUUUUUUCUUGUCACAUGUUCUUUAAAGCACAGCCUUCAUUACCCAGUUACUGUACAUGUACCCUGGUACAAUGUGGUGUACUAAAACAAGACAAGUUACCCUAGUUAUCAUUCACAUGUUGUAAUGCUACCCUACAUUUUACUAGUCAUCAUAUAGAACAGAUACAUUGCAGCAAAAGCAAGAAAAAACAUCAUAAAAGUGAAAAAUGCAAGGGUGUCUUCUAAGAAAAAUUGAAGGGAGCCCAGUGCUCUGAACCUGUACAAUGUAAAAGCAAGGGUGCUCAGCAUAGGAUUUUUAUUUUAAAAAAAAGAUUUCCUGAUCACCCAUGAUCAAAAGUAAGGCACCUGAGGCCACCAUGUGUUGCUAGAACUCAGCUUUGAUAUUUGGUUCACAGUUCCUUAGCUAAGUGUCCACAUCACCAAGCAAAAGUUGUCCAUUAUUAUAGAGGCAGGGAAUGUAUAAAAUUUGGUGCCUUUGCAAACAAGAGAAUUUCUUGUCCUGGGGAGGUGUCCCUCUAAGUCCCAAGAGUGACUUAAGUCAAUUUUCUCCCAACAAAAUCAAUACAUAAUCAAGGAAAAAUGUUGUGACAAUUAAUAAAAUAAUCACCUAAUGGGAAAAGCUUAGAUAUAAAGGCAAAUUCUCUUAACAAAUUGUUCAAGGAAAUGUAUGGAGAUCAGUGUGGAGAAUUUAUAUUUGGAUAUUAGGGCUUAAAGGGUUAAGGAGAGGUUUGACUGUAGUUUAAUAAGUUGUGCUAUUUUCUUGUGUGGCAGACGGAGGUAGUACAGCAAGUCCAACAGCAACCAGAAGGUGGUCACAGUCAUGUCAUGCAAACUGGUUAUUCGCCAGCACUGGUAAAUGCGGCUGUGUCUUCUGAUCCCACUAUUAAUGCCUUGUUAAGUCUGGGAGCAAAAGACAAGGUUUUGUUGCCUGGAAUGCUGCCACCUGGUGUCUCCGUGGCAGCUGUUCCAGUCACCUCUGGAGUAGCUGUUACAACUCAAGGGAUUACAGUGGUAAUGCCUGGUCAAUCAUUACAAGGGAAUGUGAAUGUACCAUGGCAGUGA